CAGGCAGGCCUCCCAUCCCCCGCCGCCUCGGGGCUGCCCUGCUCGACCUUGUGACCCUGCGACCCUGCGACCCUGCUCCUGCGCCGCUGUCUAGAAUUUGGCUUUCCCUCCGGGGCCGAAGCCGCCUUCCCUGCGGCGGCCAUUCAGCGAGGCGGCCGGGGGCCCCCGGACGGACACCUGGCGUGUGUGGCGGGGCCACCGGGCCGCCCGCCUCCCUCUCCUGCACCGCUCGGGCGUGCGAGGUGACUGUACCUGAAUUUUCCAGCUGCAGAAUAUGUAGUACCUUUAAAGGUUGGCAGUGAUGAGUAAACCCGAGUUAAAGGAAGACAAGAUGCUGGAGGUUCAGUUUGUAGGAGACGAUGAUGUUCUUAACCACAUUCUCGACAGAGAAGGAGGAGCUAAAUUAAAAAAGGAGCGAGCUCAGCUUUUGGUCAAUGCAAAAAAAAUAAUAAAGAAGCCAGAAUAUGAUUUGGAGGAAGAUGACCAGGAAGUCUUAAAAGAUCAGAACUAUGUGGAAGUUUUAGGACAAGACAUUCAAGGAUCCUUGAAAAAUGGCUCUGCUACAGAUGGUGGGAAUAAAGUUUAUUCUUUUCAGAAUAGAAAACACUCUGAAAAGAUGGCUAAACUAGCUUCCGAACUAGCAAAAACACCAAGAAAAAGUGUUUCAUUCAAUUUGAAGAAUGAUCCUGAAAUUAUGAUAAACAUUCCUCAAUGUAGCAAGGGGCAUCCUGCUUCAGACAAAGUUCAGUUGAAGAACAAUGAUAAAGGUGAAUUUCUGUCAACAACGCCUCGUGGUCUAAGGAAAAGAUUAAUGGUUCCAAGGUCUCAUUGUGACAGUGAAAGUGAAUAUUCUGCUUCCAACUCAGAGGAUGAUGAAGGAGUGGCACAAGAAUGUGAAGAGGAUGCUAAUGAAGUCAUACUGCGCCCAAAGAGUCAAGCUCAGAAUAGAGUAGUUUCAGCUCCUGUUUGCAAAGAAACGCCUUCUAAGAAAAUGAAAAGAGAUAAAACAAGUGACUUAGUAGAAGAGUAUUUUGAAGCUCAUAGCAGUUCAAAAGUUUUAACCUCUGAUAGAACGCUGCAGAAACUAAAGAGACCUAAGCUGGAUCAGCAAACUUUGCGUAACUUAUUGAGCAAGGUUGCUCCUUCCUUUUCUGCUGAACUUAAACAACUAAAUCAACAGUAUGAACAAUUAUUUCAUAAAUGGAUGUUGCAGUUACACCUGGGGUUCAACAUUGUCCUUUAUGGUUUGGGUUCUAAGAGAGAUUUACUAGAAAGGUUUCGAACCUCCAUGCUGCAAGAUUCCGUUCAUGUUGUCAUCAAUGGCUUCUUUCCUGGAAUCAGUGUGAAAUCAAUCCUGAAUUCUAUAACACAAGAAGUCCUUGAUCACACGGGUACCUUCCGCAGUGUACUGGACCAGCUGGACUGGAUAACAAACAAAUUUAAAGAAGAUUCUUCAUUAGAACUCUUCCUUCUCAUCCACAAUUUGGAUAGUCAAAUGUUGAGAGGAGACAAAAGCCAGCAAAUUAUCGGCCAGUUGUCAUCUUUACAUAACAUAUACCUCAUAGCAUCUAUUGAUCACCUCAAUGCUCCUCUCAUGUGGGACCACGCAAAGCAGAGUCUUUAUAACUGGCUCUGGUAUGAAACUACUACAUAUAGUCCUUAUACUGAAGAAACCUCCUAUGAGAAUUCGCUUCUGGUUAAACAGUCGGGAUCACUACCACUUAGUUCCCUAACUCAUGUCUUACGAAGCCUUACCCCUAACGCAAGGGGAAUUUUUAGGCUCCUAAGCAAGUAUCAGCUGGACAACCAGGAGAGCCCGUCUUACGCUGGACUGUCUUUUCAAGAUUUUUAUCAGCAGUGUCGGGAGGCCUUCCUUGUCAAUAGUGAUCUGACACUUCGGGCCCAGUUAACUGAAUUUAGGGACCACAAGCUUAUAAGAACAAAGAAGGGAGCUGAUGGAGUGGAAUAUUUAUUAAUUCCUGUUGACAGUGGAACGUUGACUGAUUUCCUGGAAAAGGAGGAAGAGGAGUCUUGAAGCUGUCCUUCCUCUUGAGUCUUCUGCGAAGGGUCGAUGUACUCCAGCUGCCACUCCUCUCGUCUGAAGUGUUGUGUUGCCAUCCAAUGUUACUUUUUCCAGUGUACGAGAUUGAAAAUUGGGAGGGGGAGUGUCCUCGGUUAGAACCUUGGUUAGCCUGGCUGCUGGACUAUCGCUAGUACUAUGCACGGUCCUCAAGUUGGAGAAAAUGUGCCUUUCAUUCAUUACCUCUCUGGAGACAUCUUGCUGGAAUGAACAGUAUGCUCAGGGACUAUUUGGAACUGGAUGUUUUUGAAUUCUUUUAUACUAGAGAUGAUAUUAUUCCUAAUUUUUUGAGGGCCUUUUAACACUUCUGGAGCUGGUUGUUUGCAAGUGUGCUUGUUCCAGAGUGUGGAAGUACAAAGACGUUGGCAUCACGUCAGUCUGCUUUAUUUGCUGUUGUGUGUCAGGACUGACGAGUGUCAUGGAGAGGGCAGACCAUCUCUUGGUGUUCCUGAAAUGGCUUAACGAAAGGUGGAAGACUGGGAAGACGCAGGUGACUCGGCUUUCUCCUUUGGGGUUUAGGCUACAUACUGGGGCGGGGAGAGGGAGCUUGACACCAUUCAGUUGGGAUGGUGGGAAAAGCCUAACGAGUGUACACGGUGUGCACCCAGCGUAGCAAGCACACGAACAGUCACAGACCAUGGCGUUCGGCACAGUUCAGGUCUGUGCCGUCACCUUUUGAUACAAGUGAGAAGCCAGGCUAGAAAAAGACAAUCCUGAAUUACAUUUUAGUCAUUGUUUUCAAGACAACAGAAAAUAAAAAUUUAAUUAUUCUUGUAUAUCAACAUAUUUUUGUUUUAACAUGCAAGCGAGUAGCAUAUUAAUGGCUGGCUUUAAAUUUAUCUUGAUUUUUCUAUGAAGAAGACCUAAAACUCACUGUAAGACAUUUCAGUUUUUUUCUUUAUUUACAGAAGCCUUUUUUCUUAGGAAAGGAAAAUUGGCUAGCCUUGGCCAGUGUGUCCGCUCAGUCUUCACAUACUCCCUGAUCGGUUUCCAAGUGUGAAACUGUUUGUUUAAACAUCACUGUAAUAAAGUAUGUACUCCAUCAGCAUUUUUCACUCAUCUCUUCUCUUAUAAAGCUCUUUCAUGAAAAUAUUUCCCAAAAUGCUCAGAAUUUUUUAAAUCAUUUGUUUGUGGCAUAUAAUUUUGUUAAAUCCAUAUACUAAGUCUUUAGUCUUAAAUAUAAUUACUAAUCAAAAUAUUUAAUCAGACUGUACACAAAUAUGAUUCUAAAAAAUUUUAAUUGUAUCAAAGGAUAUUCAGUGAAGCAUGAGUCAGCUUCCCUCCCCUGCUCGAGUGCCCAGGCAACCCUGCUGGCGGUUAGUGCUCCUGCAGAGGCAGCCUGUGCUCGAGUAAGGCACCUGUCUCUCCUUUCAAAACACAAGUGGCAGCACAUGAUACUUGCUGGUUUGCACCUUGCUUUUUUUGCUUAAUAUAUUUAGUUUAUAAUAAUUUACAGUAUAAAAGAGUAUACAAAAUCUUUAAUGACAUAAUUUGCAAACUGCAUGUGCCCUUAAGUAUCUGGUUUAUUUUUAUAAUUUUUGUGUCUAUACUAUACUAUUUGCAGGCAGUGUCAAUAGUCUUUACUACUAAAUAAAAAGCCAAUUUAGAUAAAAUCACUUUUUUUAAAUUAUAGUACUGGUUUUUUACUAAAAAUAUCUUGAAGUGUUUCCAAACUUUCCUGAGUACGUCUUCCAGACCUGAGGCAGCCCUUGCCGCGUUGUGAGCUGCUCCUCACUGGCCUGCUGCAGCGUCGGUGUGCGCUCUGUCAGUGAGACUCGGCCGCUGAGGCUGCAUCUUCCGCUGCUCCUCCCUUCUGGCAAGAUGGAACAGACCUGAAACCUUGAAAGAUUUCUCUGGCUGCUCUUUUAAUAAAAUGGCUAAAUAAAUAAAUAGGCCCCAAAAAGGCACUGGGUAUGCAGACAGACGUUUGCAGACUCGGCACAGUGCUGAAUCCUCGUGCAGCGAGUGCUGCGUCAGUUCUCGAUACUCCGGAAACUGCACUUUCUCAGCAUCACGGUUGUCACUCUAAUGUACGGACACUUCAUUCUUAUACAAGAUCAGUGAGUUCGGGGGAUUGGUAAGAGAUUUUGCUUAACUUUUUAAAACAACACAACUUCAGAAGUCUUUUUUUCCCCAGCUAACUCAAAUGCACAGCCAGGAGCAUGGUUCAGAAUGUAUUUUCCUACAUUCUAGGAGGUGAGAGGACUCGUGCAGCCUAGUCCUGAGAAGCCAUCAGCGAUGACCGUGAGUCAUGAGGGUCUGCCCUGUCACAGACUCUGGCUCCAAAAACCCAAGGGACGAAUAAACUGUCACAUAAAUGGCUCUGUCCUCAGGCUUUCACACUGCUGUUAAGCCAUUUUAAUUCAUGUUUAUUGAGCUCUUAUUAGAAGGCUCUGUGCCAUACAGGAGUUGUGUGGAUAUGAAGAUGAAAUCUGAAAUAUCUAUUUAAAGGUUUUAAUAGCAUUAAUUGUCACAGUAUCCUUAAUGUGCUGAAUAAAGUAAAUUUGAAAUAACUGA